AUGAAAGCCUAUAAAUCCUUGCGCAGGAACAAAAACUAUAACCUCAUUGACCAGACAACUAAUUACACUGCCCCUAAUGAAUCAAAGAUUAUGAUGUAACCUGCAACUGAAUUUGAUAGUAUGUAUGAAGAGGACUUCAUGCUGAGGAUAAAACCAAUAUUUAUUGAAAAAAGAAAUUCAUCUCUGUCGAACAGUUACCUUGACACCAAGUAGACACAAGAUGACUCCCCAAUGAUUCUUAAAACUUUUUAGUAGUACUGUCAACUUUAAAACACAGUAUAAAGUAGGUCACCUUCUAAUCAAAAUCAAGUAUUCAAAUGUUUAAAGCCUAAAUUAAUUCUAAUGACUGAGGAUGUCUAAUCUUCUAAUGUGAAAAGCAAGGCAAAGAUAAGAGCUAGAAUUAGUACUGCUAAUAACAGAUUAAAGUAGUCUCAAAGUACCACAUCUCACACAUAAAUAAUACUAGAUAACAACAAUACUAAUAUAACUCCAAAGGUUUUACCAUACCAAGAUUUGAAGAAUAAUGAAUAUCAAAAAUUCAUUGCUAAAAUGAAAAACCAGCAAAGACUUCAUAAUUAAUUAAAAGGUUAUAGGAAUAUGUUUUAAGUAAAAAUAAGGAAACAAGAAGGAUCUGUAAAUCCUUAAAGUAAAGGAGAGAUGAAUAAUACGUCUAGAUAAGGUACUGAAAAUAAUAUGAUGAGCAAGUAAACUUUUCUCAGAAGAAUUAAAACUAGUCACAACCAUCAAAGAUAAAAUUCCUAAGAGUCAAACCAACUCUCAAUAUCAAAUGCAGGAGUUGGAAAUAGAAUAGGGGCUAGUAUUGCUGGGAAUUAUAAAUCAACUUACACUCAUGAAUCAUCAGUCUAUAUGGAUAUGACGAGUAGUUAAAUGAAAGCAACUGGGAUUGAUAGAUUUCCUAUAUAAUAACAAUCUCAUUCUCUUGAAUAAAAUACUGAAAGAGAGAGCAUCACUAAGAGUGUGCUUGUAGGAGUCUCAGGAGUAUAACUAACAGAUAAGAAUUCACUUGGAGAUUUGCAUAGACUUUCAAUGUCCAAAAUAAAAUCAUAGCAUCCUAAUAAAUUUAAUGGAGGAGUAAGGGAUACCUAUCAAAGCAGCAAUGAAAGUCCUGAUAUUUUAGCCUCGCAAGACCUAACUUUAUAAACAAGGACUAUAAGAGUCUCAACUAAAGAUGUAAAAGCAAUGCAAAGAUAGCAUUAUUAAGAAAAGAUUUCUUAUUUGAAGAGAUAUAUGAAUAAGAAAAUAGAAAGAGAAGGUUUUGUUGGUGAGAGGAAAAGACCAAAAAAUAGCUAGUUAAAUUUUGAUUUAACUUAGUAGUAAAGGAUACAUACUAGUCAAUCCUAUAAUAGAUUUAGAGGUAAAAAUCUACAGUAACCAUACUAGGCGCAAUAUACAGUAGCAAACUGA